UCACCUGACAUCCCCCCUCUAACCGGGCAUCAAAAAUGUGGCAGCCACCCAAAAGAAGGUCCACCGCCGUUCGUGUGAUGGCCAUGGAAGCGGGGAAUUCCUUGCCGCCUUGGAGUCGCCUCCUGGACCACAACGCCGAAGGACGACGUCGGCGGAAGAGCGACGAGGACAAGCGGUACGAGGUGGAGAUAUCCAACCGUUUGUGGUCUCUGUGGGGCACUCCACAGCAGGUGGAACCCGUGGAGAAUGGCACCUCGUUGGAGUCCGCAUCCGGAAGGACCUCAGCUCCCGGCAAAGUGCUAGCCUGCUGUGUGGUAGCCUGUUGUGCCGGCAGUUUCCAUUCCCUGGACUCCUGGGACUCUCGUCUGCUCGACAAGAUUCUGCUAAAUGGACAUGACUACUACGAGGAAAGUUUGGCGGCCAGACAGCGCAGGGAUUGUGUGGGAGAACCCACACUGGAGACCCUGAACACCUAUUGUUGCCUGAAUGGACGCAACUUUUGGGUGGACAUCGAUAAGUUCGCGUCCGGCAAGUUGUACAGUAAAACCAAGAGCUUGGGCUCCGCACUUAGUGUGUUCUUCGCCCAGCACUUGCAAACUGGCAUCCUGCAGCUGAGGGAUCAGGCUCUGGCCUUUGGAUUUAUUCCGGAAUACGCCUCCAGAGGAGCCUUCUUCCUGUUCCACUGCCAGGCGAAGGGGCAGCCGAUCUUCAAUGACGGCGAGAGUGCCCCCUAUGUCCUCAGGAUGCGGCAGCUGCAGCAGCUCCUCAACUGCAUGCUGAUCACCUUGGACGAGCGCCGGUACAACGUUCCCUUCAGGAUCUACAAGGUUGGAUGCGUCCCCAGCACUGAUUGCACACUUUUGGGGCUUAAAAAUCAUUAAAUUGAUCUUUGGAUGUGACAAUUGGCUAAGGACUCCAAAAAACAAUUCUUUGUAUCCUUUGAUCUGCACAACAACAUCCCUUAAAUUAAACCAUAUCAAUGCCAAAUAGAACAGUGGAUUUAUAUAUUCAGGAAAAUGUGACAAAAAUAAAUAUAUUUUCCUAUUUAUUGA